AGUCAUGGGGCCUGCUUGACAUAGAUGAUAUAUAAGUAAUGUAACGUCACAUGAAAGCCAGCAGAUAAGGAAAUGAAUGACCCAGCUUUUCCUCGCACAAGAACAAAGUGGUCGUAACAGCAAGGUGAACGUAUCAACGGGGUUCUAGCACCGAGUUCUUGGAAAACUCGAAAUCAGACUGCACGCCCGCCCACGGACUCGCGGGCCAUUCCGUCCGAAUCGGAGCCCAGUCUACUUCCCACGAACCGCGAAUGGACAGCAGCAUUACCCAUGAAUUCCCAUUUGUUUUGCUUUCUCCCUCAAUGUUAGUGAACUGUAUUCGAUUGUGUGAUGACCUGUAAUGGAACAAAUGGAGGUACACUUAGUUGAAAACCUCGUGAAUGAUAACGAAGAUACAUCGGAACAUGCAAUCAUUCAGGCAGCUGUCUUUAUAGAAGAUGCAGCACAGUACAGGUCAAUCCAUCAUAAAGUAGACAGUAAGUCACUAUGGAUGUACAGAUGGUACUACAGCAAGCCCGUCAGAUGGGGAUACACCUUCGUCAUCUUUCUCUAUCUGAUGUUGGCAUUUGUUGAAAAGCCUUCAUCUUUAACGCUCUCUUCUGAUCCACGGUUUCGUGGCCCAAGACCUGAUCCUCCAUGUGGAGUCACAGAAAGCUUAGAGGUCAUCUUCCUUAUUUGCUUUGUUUGUGACUUGGUUGUCAAGAGUCAUGUGCUAGGAAGACAGCAGGUUAUCAAGAACAGAUGGCUCUUGUCAUAUUGUGUGGUUCUUAUAAUUUCUUUUAUAGAUGUGUUUGUCACUCUCAGUUCAGGAUGUAACCAGCAUGUUAGAAUUCAUCGACUUCUUAGACCAUUCUUCUUGUUACAAAACUCCUCUUUAAUGAAAAAGUUGCUGCGUGCAAUCAAGAGAACUGUCCCAGAAAUCCUCAGUGUGCUGUUUCUUCUUCUGCUUCACUUGUGGUUCUUUACAAUGUGUGGCAUGCUGUUUUUCCCACAGGCAUCAAGACAUAACAGCACCCUUGCGAGCCACCAGUGUAACUCGAACAAUAACAACUCAGCAAGUGGUGCCGCAUGUGAGGGGUACAAAUAUUUUUCAAGGCUGGAAGAUUCUCUGAGAAGUCUUCUUGUACUGCUGACUACAGCUAACAAUCCAGAUGUGAUGAUGCCCGCGUACAUGAAAAACAGAUAUUACGCGAUUUUCUUCAUUACAUUUACUGUGAUUGGUCUUUACUUCUUCUUAAAUAUGUUGACGGCUGUUAUCUACAACCAGUUCAGAGGAUACCUGACUAGUUCACUUCAAGCAAGUCUCUUCCGCAGAAGGGUUGGUAUCAGAGCGGCGUUUGAAGUUUUACUUCAAAUUCAGGAUCCGGAUAGCGACGUGCCUUUAGGAAAUAUCAGCAGCGCGGAUGCUAAGAGAGCCAUAGAAAAUGCAAACAUUGGCAAAAGAUCUGGGCAAAACGUAUUUGAGCGUUUAGCUCAGAAUCCGUCGGACCACCUCACCGCCAAGCAGUUUCAAGACUUGUUUGAGGUACUUGAUGGCAGAGGCACCAGGUCUCGGCACAGGCCGGCAAUGAGCUAUGUACAGCAUCCAUUGCUCAGAAAGAUUCAAAUCCUUGUUUCUAACAAGUGUUUCGACUACGCUGGUGAUUUUGUUGCUGCGGUAAACGUCCUCCUUGUGUCUGUCCUACUAGACUACGAAUACGACAAAAUAUUGAAGAAAAACAACUCUGAUCUAGCGGCUGCAAACUUCUUUUUCGUGUUAUAUUACCUUCUGGAACAGUUGAUGAAACUAUGGGCUCUUGGUUUGCAGAGAUAUCGCUCGUACAAGGGCAAUAUCUACUGUGGAAUCAUAACACUUUUACUAGUGCUUCUAGAGAUUGUCCAUGUUGGCAUGUAUGGCCUUCCUUUUUCACACUCAAGUAGUAACCCCCCUUUCAAGGAUAUGGACAGUUGUUUCUCUCUGCAUAACAUGAUACGGAUAAUCAACAUGCUCAUUAUCUUCAGGCUGUUGAGAAUUGUCCCUAAUUUCAAGUCUCUGUCCCUCAUUGUUGAAACAUUGAUGAAGUUACUGAAGCACUUGCGGCCUUUUGGAGGCAUUAUUGUGGCGGUGUAUUACGUUUUCGCCGUCUUAGGAAUGAUGCUCUUUGAUGGCGUAACGAAUCCAGCAAAUGUUGGGGCGAACAAAACAAGGCUGUAUUCUCAAGAAUGCGGUUCAUUUGACCAGUUGGAGUAUUAUGCCAACAACUUCGACGAUUUUGGGGCAGCAUUGGUGGUCUUGUGGGACCUGAUGGUAGUUAAUAACUGGCAUGUAUUCUUGAAAGAAUAUGCGAAGGUCGUCAAUGGAUGGGCACAGCUGUAUUUUGUGGCGUGGUAUUUGAUCUCCGUCAUUCUCAUCAUUAAUCUGUUUGUUGCCUUAAUUCUCGAGGCGUUUAUUAGUGAGUGGGAGAUAAAGCAGCAAAGAUCAAGACAAAACUCGUUAUCUUCGCACGUGACUGAAGCAACCGCCCACGUCGGUGGCCGUUUUCAUCAACUCUUUGGUUCUAAUUUGGUUGAGCCUGCAGAGGAAGAUCUGCUGAACGAAAUCAGAGGACAUACUCAUUACGGAUUCCAAUCACAAACCACAAGUGAAAACAGAUUUAACUAUCGCUUGUAAUCCAGUCUUUCCCUUUCUUCCCUACCCUCUCCUCCCUGCCGUACCUGAUGGUAAGUGAAUGAACUAACCAAAGAAGACAAGGACAUGGACAUUAAAAUGGCUCUUGCCUUUCUCAAUAUUCAAGGGCUAGUUUUUCCGUCCUUCUUGGUGUUUUCAAACGUGUAAUUUGUUAUGGCGAAAUUUGACAUUCGGUCUAAGGUUAUACGGUACAAACAGCAAACAAUGAGUUCUUGUUAAAGCAUUUGACAAGAAAGAUUAAACGUAAUGUCAGUAGUCUUGUAAAGGAUAACUUUUCUCCUAAAGUGCUAAGAGCACCAAGAGAAUAAUCUGAACCAUGAGCGAGGACCGGGAUUUAGAGCAUUUUAUGAAUGAAACUGUGGACGACUUAAUGUUUUCAUCCUCAAAACACUUUUUUUAUUGAACGUUUUUUCUUCAAGGCGAUUAAUAUCAUUUUGAUCGCAUCGUCAUCAGUGGGUCGUGUUCAAACUUUUUUCAUUUAUAUUUUUUUUCUAUCAAACGGUCAGUGGAUGACAAGCAAAUGGAACCAAAAGAUGAGAGAGUGCGUGAUGAGCAAUUGCAGUCGUCUCUAAUUUAUAGCAAUGAUGAAAUUAGUGUGUCGUUAAUCUAUUUUGCUUAGCAAGUUGAAACUGUAGGAAUGCUUUAUCAUCAGCCAAAAGUCUAGUUUUAGAGAAAUUAUUUUGUCCACAAGAAAUUGUACAGCAAUUUCUGAUAUCGUUUAUAUGACCUAAUAUGAAGCUGGGAAAUUUAAGAAAAAGAUAAAGCUGGAAAUUUUAUUACUUGAUGAAGGUUAUGUAACAAAAUGUCGUCAAAUAAGGAGACAUUUAAUGUAUAUAAUAAAUAUCGUAUAGGCACAUUAACUAGACUAACUAGUUAGGUAAUUCAAGGACAUGGUUUACGCGCAAUCUUUAUACACGAAGAAAAGUUUUGUUAAAGCACUGUUUAUAAGAAGAAUCUAAGCCAGCAAAAGCGGUAUGAACUUGUAAAAGGUCAAUCUUCAACGACUUAAUAGAGACUUAAGGAUAAAGUUGUGUGGUAGGUUUUCUUUCGCUAAAUGUCAUUUUCACUGAAUCUUGAAAUGUCAAGGUUCAGCUCUCCCAGGAUUCCUCUUAAUUAAUUAAUUUACUGUGAAAUUACUCCCAUAGCUUGCGUUGAAUACCUUUCAAUUUAUUGCAUUUUUUAGGCCCCGUCCACACGAUGCGGGAGAAAUUUGAAAACGCAGCUUUAUUUCUACACUAAUCC